AUGAGGGUAGGGGCAGUUUGUGAGCACAAGGACAAAGGAUGUCCAUGGAGAAUUUUGGCCUCUUGGGAUAAAAAUAAAACAAAGUUUUGUGUCAAAUCUUAUGUUGGUGAACAUACUUGUGGAAGAUCCUCUAAGGUAAAGAAAAUGUCAGCCUCUUGGAUUGCAAAGCAGUAUAACACACAGUUCAAAGUCAACCCUUACAUGAGGUUACAUGAUCUCAUGGAGACUGUAUGGUUAGAUUGGGGAAUUAGGAUCAGUAGGUACUUGGCUCAUAGGGCUAGGAGAAUAGGGCAAUCUCUUAUUGUGGAUGAGUACAAGGAGCAAUAUGGAUUGCUACCUAGGUAUGCAGCUGAGAUUUUAAGAAGCAAUAGGGGAAAUACAGUGAAGCUAAAGUUAAAUGGGACAGGUCCUUAUGGGGGGCAAUUAUUGGUUGCAGUAGGUAGCGAUGGGAACAACCAAAUGUUCCCCUUAGCAUGGGCUGUAGUAGGUGUUGAAAGCACUGAAACUUUGAGUUGGUUCUUACACCUACUUGCUGCUGAUUUGGGAACAGAAGAAGGGGCAGGCUAUAAAUUUAUGUUAGAUCAACAAAAGGGCUUGCUUGCUGCAAUUGCAGAGGUUUUUCCACAGGCUGAGAGCAGGGUAUGUUCAAGACAUGUGUAUUACAACUUUAGGGGUGUGUUUGGUGGUAGCUUGGAGUUUAGGAAGCAAUUUUGGAUAAUUGCAAAGUCCAUAACUGAGAAUGAUUUUCUGGCUAAAUUACAAGUAAUGAGGGACCUCUCAAAUGAUGCUGCUGAGGAUUUGUUGAAAAGAAAUUAUAAGAAAUGGUGUAGGGCAUUCUACACACCUAUGUCUUGUUGUGACAAUGUAGACAACAAUAUGAGUGAAGUUUUUAAUGCAUAUAUAUUGAAAUGGAGACAUAAGCCUAUCAUCAACAUGUUAGAAGACAUUAGAGAGAGCUUAAUGGACAAAUUACACAAGAAAAGGGACAUGAUCAAGGAAAGGGAUCUCAGUUUAUGUCCUAGAAUCCAACAACAACUUGAGAAGCAUAAUAUGGACAGAACAUGCUCCUGUAAUGCAUGGCAAGUUAGUGGGAUACCAUGCAAACAUGCUGUGGUGGCCAUUUGGAACAAAGUGGACCAACCAGAGCAAUAUGUGAAUGAUUUUUUCAAAAAGCACACAUAUGCCAAGGCUUUUGAUCACCUACUUGAGCCUCUAAAUGGUCCACAAGAAUGGCUUACUUCAGAGAAUAUUGUGACUGCUCCAGAGCUGAAAAAGGUGCAUAACAGACCUAAGACAAAGAGAAGGGCCUCUGCUGGUGAAGUUACUGAGUCUGGGAAGCUAAAGAAGAAAGGAGGCAAAAUAACAUGCAGCUUGUGUGGGGUUCCAGGCCACAACAAAGCAUUAUGUAGAAAUGCACAAAGGGAUAGCUUCAACAGUACUAACACAGCUUCUGCCCACACAAUUGAACCUACUGAAGCUACUCUUACAGUCCCAAUGCACAACAGAGAUGUGGGUGUAUACACCUAUCCUAAUGGUUAUCAAAGACAAACAACUCCAAUUAAUCAACCAAAUCCAACAACUUUUAGAAGAGGAGCUGCAUUUUACUCUAAUUAUGCAAGGGAGCAGACCAUAUAUUCCUUCUCUCAGGAAUAUACUAUGUCAUAA